AGUUCUGCAGAGGACCAGGCUUUUCCAGAAGCCACGGAUAGUGCGCUGUGAGUGUUUGUCAAAGGAACGGUCUGUGUGAGUUCAGCCCCAGUUAUAAAUUUACAGGAACUCAACUUGUGCCAUGUAAACAGCAGCAGCUACAAGAUGGCUGAGGAAUCACUUGCUAGACAGCUCUACGAAAUCUAACCCUGAGGUAAGAGCUGAAUUUUCUGAGGAGGUACAGUGAGUCUCAUGUGAAGAACUGGAGGGUGUCUGAAUCCUGAUGCAUGGGUUGCCCCAGGACGUGAAGAUGAAUGCUUCAGUGGAAGAAGAGGAUGGCUGCACGCUCUGAGUUUUCUGGCAUGGAUCUGUAUGAGGAUUACAAAUCACCUUUUGAUUUCAAUGUUGGAGUGAACAGAAACUAUCUUUACCUGUCGCCUACCAUAAACCUUUCUCCACCUGGAUCACCUACGCUGUCAAAGUCUGGGCUGCUGAGAAGUGACUCUAUACCUGAGGUUGGAGAGGAUGCUGCUGCUACAGUUGGUAUGGCAGAAACACUCUCAGAAGAAGAACAGGAUGAGCUAAGGAAAGAGCUUGCUAAGGUGGAAGAGGAAAUCCAGACGCUCUCGCAGGUGCUAGCUGCCAAAGAGAAGCAUCUAGCAGAAAUAAAGAGAAAGCUGGGAAUUAACUCAUUACAGGAACUAAAGCAGAACAUUACCAAAAGCUGGCAAGAUGUCACCUCAACCACAGCAUACAAGAAAACAUCAGAAACCCUGUCUCAGGCUAGUCAGAAGGCUUCUGCUGCUUUUUCAUCUGUUGGUUCAGUCAUAACCAAGAAGUUUGAAGACGUCAGAAAUUCUCCUACUUUCAAAUCCUUUGAAGAAAAGGUUGAAAACUUGAAGUCUAAAGUUGGAGGAAGACAACCUGCCGGGGGAGACUUUGGAGAAGUUCUCAACUCUGCUGCCAGUGCCAGUGCCACAGAAACUAUCGCAGAACAAACACAGGAGGAGACCCACUGAGAUUCCUGCUGCUGUCCUGCUACCCACUGCCAGAUGCUGCAAGCAAAAACUAAGCACACUUGUAACAUUCUUUGCGCUCUUUCCACCAGAUGUGCUUUUAUUUAGCACGUAGCUGUUUUACCAGGUUAACUGAUACCAAGCUUUUUCGUGGGUUCAAAAUAUUUUUGAAACUAAAAUAUGCCGUUUGGGGUUUUGUGUGGGAAGGGGAAUUUUUAUGCCUUUCAAGCGUUUAAAGGCCUUACCUGUAAUUUGAAGGCAACCUUUAAAAUAUAGCAAUGAAAAAACCCUCUUUUGAGAAGUUAAUUAUAUUGUACAUAUACUGUGGAUACAUAAUUCCUUUUGAAUCUGUAACUACUGCUUAACUUAAUCAUU